AUGAACCAAAAAUUACAAAAGCAAAUAACAAGUAAAUUAGAAACCUUAGAAAAGGUUAUUGAGAAAAUCCCGGCGAAACUAAAAGAAGCCUUAGCUUUACUAGAAGAUAAAAAAGACAAAAAACUGGAUGAUUGGGGCCAACCGAUAAUUCUGGAAGUAGGCAUUUUAAGUUUACUGGAUGAUUGA